GAGAACCGGUGAAGGAGCGCUAUAAUGGAGCUGGCCACGGAGCCUCUCGUCUGCCAGCGGUUUCACGCGCUACAUGAUUCGCACUGGCUCCUGGAGUCCUUGCCGGCGCCACUUUGCUUGGCGUGCGCCAUUGAGACGUUACGAGACGAUAAUGCUUCGCUAGUACGCAAGAAUCAUGUGCUCUCCUGCCUCCAUGAUGCUCUGACUUGGCAUGCAGCACUGGUCAUCCCAUUGCUUGCUCAAGAUGAAAGAGUAUGUGUCCAUUUCAUAGCAACUUUGUUUGGGAUCUUGAGAUGUAUGGAAGACAAUCAUAUACUGGAUUUAUCUAUUGAAGUUCUGGUAAUGCUUGUAGUGAAGCUGAAGUUGGAAGUUUACCUGCACUAUCUAUUGAAAGAAUCUCAGCAAGAGUUAUGCAAAGUAGCCACUACAAGAGGCAGCUUACCCAUUUUAAUUCUUCUAGGAAAGUUGGCAGAUGCUAUUCCUGUUUUUGCUGAUAAACUGGUAAUUGAACACAGCAACAUGUUAGAGUAUCUAGCUACAGCUUUGAUGUAUCCCAAUGAGAGAAUAAAGGCUGCUGUAUGUUACCUUUAUGGCAAAUUGUACUGUCUCCCUAAUGCUGCAGAGAGACUGUGUGCACAUUUUACAGAGAAGCUAUGUAGCCUCUUUCUGACUACUCUGAAGAACUCACAGACCAAGGAGCUGCAACUUAAUUGCAUGGGGUUGUUAAAUCAGCUGUUGAAAUAUGAGCACUUUGUUUCAGUUACUAUGAGCAAUUCAGGGAAAGGAGCAGAUUCUGCAAGUCCAGAGUUUGUUGAGGGAGAGAGUCCAUUACCUUUAAUGUUGAAGAAGCUGUUGUUAUCAAGAGAUGAACUGUUACAGAUAGCAAGUGCACAGUGUAUUGCUGCCGUGUUGGUGCAUUCUCCAGCAAAAUAUGCCCCUGCCUUUAUCUAUGCAGAUGUUCCAGAGUUCCUGUUUGAGUGUCUCUUCUGUACAAGUGAAACUCUUAUCUGGUCAAUUUAUUGCUGCUUGCUCCUUCUGACUGAGGAACAUCUCUUUUUUUCCAAGUGCCACACUGUCUACGGUAUCGAACCUGUUUUAAAAAGCCUGAAAGAAAUCCUGCAUCUUAAUAAUGUGGAAUUGCACAAACAAGGACUUCUGCUUCUCACUGAAAUCCUGAAACGACAGCCAGUAGAAAUACAUUUGUUUACAAAUGCAGCUGUUUUUAAAGAUGCUGUUAGUGUUCUCAUAGAAGCUGUAAACUGCCCUGUUUUGGAAGUAGCCACUGAAGCUGUGAAGGCUGUAGCUGCCCUUCUGAGGAAGGAUCAUGUGAGCUUUACUCCAGUGCAGUAUGGAGAACUGCAAAAGCUGAUUGAAAGUGUACUGAAACAAUGCAGUGAUGUCCCACUGCUCCCACCUAACAGGGGGCUCAUGGGUCAUGCAGCAACCAAACAUCAGAACAGAGCACUUUCACGGCAGGGACAGUUUUUGCAGAGCGCCAUAGAAAGCUUCAGAAAUGCUUGUAGGUUGGCUGUGGAGUGUCAAAGUGAUCCUCUGGCUCAGGAGAAUCCUUUCACUGCUCCCAACUCAGAGAAAAAGGAUACCUUGAAAAGCUUUUCAGAGUUUCUUCUGAGGAUGUCUGACUCCUUUUGCAUCCCCAUAGUCAUGAAAUAUUCUGAGAGGAUAGUCCGCCCAGCUCUCAUGGAAGUCUUCAUCUCAACCCUUAACAUCCUGUUCAGUGUUGUGCCAGACAUGGGUAAAAGAUUCUCCAUUAAACUGGCAUCUUCUUCUUUCAUACAACUGAAUCUGGAGCUGAAGGCCAAAUACUGCAGUGGGCAAAGUAACCCAGUGUUGAAUCAAGCUUGUUCCAGCUUCCUCCAUAGCAUCUGCCUAAGUCUUCAUUCAUCCUCUAAGACGACGGCAAAUUCUUUGCAAGAGGAGGAAGAAAUCUCAGAACUCCUGCAGAGGAAUCUUCCACAGUUAAACUUUGGGGUAGCAGAAAGCCUCACUCUUUUAUCUGAGACCCCAGAUUCCUACUGUUUAGAUGAUACUCUUCGGACAUACCAGUAUAGCCUCCUGCUUCUCUUCUAUUUCGCUUUUAGUCAAGAAGAUAGAUUUGUUCCAGAAGCAGAACUAUUCUCAGCCAUAAGAAGUUUCCUUCUGUCACUCCAGCAUCAAGGAGAAUGUCCACCUCCCUAUGUCUUCAGAGCUGUUUUGUAUCUUCUAGGAGUAUGUCAAGACAAGAGUGAACCUCUAGAUUUGGUUUCACUUUCUGCCAUAAGGAGGGUCCUAGAUGUUACAUCUGAUUUCACCCUGGUGUAUGUCCAUCAUCCUCAGCUGCUUAAUUUUUUUUUGUUCUAUCCUGAGCUUAUGGGAAGAUUUGGUCACUAUAUCUUCCAGCUCUGGUUUUCCUGUGAAGACCACGACCAGACUGGAUUUCAGGAUGCCGUCUCACGAAUCAAUGCCGGCUUUUCUGAUGACUCAAACUACUUUAACAGUUUCCUUUGCAUGCUGAAGGAUAACCCCAGUGCUUUGCUGGUCUUGCUAGAUUUAGUUUGCCAGGGUACCAAGGAAGUGGCUCACAAAGUCUUGGUGACACUAGAGACCUUCCUGAAAAGAAAUGAGGAUAUCUGUGUCUGUGAUCUUCUUCGAAGUCAAUUCCUACAGAUUCUGCAGAAGCUUCUGGUAGAAAAAUGUUGUAGCAUUUUACCAGAAAACGAGACUCUGCCACUUUUAUUGAACCUUCUGUUUCUGGUGCAGCUGAGAUAUGUGGCAGAGAGAGAGCUGGACAGCACAGAUUUCAGAUUGCUUCAUCUGGUCAGCAAUUUGUCUGGGAAAUGCAGCCCAACAGACCAGCAGCUUUUGCAGCCAUCCUUGAACUUCUUGUACUGGAACCUUCAGCAGACGACACCUUCUAGUCAGCAAAGAGUGGUGGCUAUGUUGCUUUCCGACAUUCCUUUGCUAGAGCUACUUGAGAGAAUUCUCCAGCACACUUGGACGCUGCCUUCCUCCUCCAGGAGCAAGCUUUCUUUUGGAAGUGAUCAAGUCUUCUGUGCAGUUGCUUUUAGAAAGAAGAAGCCAACAUUGUUCUUUGUCAGCAUCCUUCAGUUUCUAAGAGCCUUCCUUAGGCAGAACCUCUCUUCUUCCCUUGUGAAGUUUAUUGUACGUCACAUGGACAAACAUGGGAGGGAGCUCCCACUGUCAAAAGAGGAUGCCACUUUGUAUCCGUUGGCUAUGCGGCAUGUCCUGUCCUUGGUCAUCAGUCUACAGAACCUUUUGGUUCAGAAGGACUUGUUGCUGUCACAAACUGUUAUUGGCUGCCUGGAAAUCUUGUUGGAAUACUUAUAUGGAAAGAACCAGGGCAUUGCAAGACAUGUUGCUUCACAACCAUGGAAUAAAUUUCUGCUGGUCACACUUCUGAAUGGUGAGAAUUCCUUUCUUCAUCCUGAAAUUCUCAGACUUGUUACUUUGUAUGUUCAGUAUCAGAGCACCGAUCUUAUUUCUCUAAGUGAAAUUAGCCAUGUACUUGAAGAAGCUUCAAAUACCAAAUUGUCAGAACUUCCUGAUUCUACAGUCAGAACUCUUCACUCCUUUCUUCUCCAGUGCCAGCUUCUUAAUGGGAAAUGCCAGCUGAAUUCAACUCAAAGAGCAUCUAUCCAAACCUUGCUGGAAAGUCUUCCCUCAACAAGCAGGACUCAACUGACCCAUCAAAACAUUGUAUGUCUUGGAGGAGUGGCUGUGUCUCUCUCUCACAUUACAGACUGAGAUAAGGAAACCAAUAGUACUGCACAGAAGCACAAUGAAUGGAUACAGUAACUUGCCUCUGCAACUUCUUUCCAGCCAGCAAACUUAAAGAAAUACAGUGCCAGAGAUGAGAAAUUGCUCCAGAAACAACAGUUGAUUUAGUAAGCUGUUCAGUAUACAACUCUGAAAGAAAACUUUAAAAAUAAUUUUGCCUUGGAUAGUCUGUUCAUUUCAGGCUUAUUUUUAUAAUUAAUAAAUUCACUAAGCGCUUGAA